AAAAGGACAGUGCAGAGCAACAGCUGGGUAAGGCAUCAACGAGCCACUUCAUUCUGACUUGAAAAACUUCAAACAUGAAGAUGGAAAUGAUGUUAAGUCUACUUGCAGUCCUCACAUUACUAACACAAGGUGUGGAAGCCUCCAAAUGGAAUGUUAACUACUCUGCCACACAUACAUGUGGCUUAAUUGGGUCUACUGUCAACAUGACCUGUUCUUACACAUACCCAAGUGAGUCAACGUUCAAUAAAACUUUCUGGACAACAGCUGCCACAAAACCACAUCCUAAUCUUUCCGAGGAGCCACGUUAUCAAGGGAGAGUUCAGGUGGAUUGUAACAGUCACAGGUGUAUGCUGAGCCUGUCAAAUCUGACCAAAGGAGAUGCAGCAGGGUACCACUGCAGGAUCAUCACCAAUGACGCAGCACAGAGAUGGCUGGGUAUACCAGGAGUUCAGUUGUCUGUCACAGAUUUGCAGGUAGACGGACCAGAACGACUAAAAGUCGGGGGAUCCGUAAAUCUCACCUGUAAGUCCUCUUGCUCUGUGACCGGCCAAAGCUCCUACAUCUGGAUGAAGGAUGGGCGCCCUCUAGAGAAGGAACACAGCAACAACAACCAGCUGCAGCUCCACCCAGUCCAUUUAGAGGAUAAGGGCAGCUACAGCUGCGCUGUUAGAGGCCACGAUGAUCUCCCAGCUCAGCCCCUCAGGAUCACGGUCAUAUAUCCACCAAAGAACACAGCAGUCUCGGUUGAUCCUUCCAACAUGCUUCCAAUGGGAAGUACAGUGACUCUGAUCUGUAGCAGUGAUGCCAACCCACCAGUGGAGAGCUACACCUGGUUUAAGGUGAAUGAGUCCACUGCAGUAGGAUUAGGACAGCAGUACAGCAUCACUAACAUCAGACCUGAGGAUGGAGGACAGUACUACUGUGAGGCCAGUAAUAAAUACGGAGCUGAGAACUCUACUGCUAUGUCCAUCACAGUAACAAGAGAACAGAGUCCACUAGUGACUGUUGUGGUUGUAGUCUCUGUGUGUGCAGUGGUGGGUCUACUGUCUGUGCUUGUCUGCCUAAGGCAAAUUAAGAAGAGGCAGGAACCAGGUGGACAGGACCAGCACUACUUCAGUGUCUCCGGCCAGAGCAGAGAUGCUGAGGCUGCAGGAGGAGCAGAGGAUGAUGGUCACUACUCCACCAUACAGCCCCACGGCACUGGACAGACAGCUCGAGGUCAGGAGAACGACAUCCUGUACGCCAGUGUCCAGCCCAAACGCUCCAGACAGACUGCAGGAGAUCAGGGGGGCGAUGACGUCCAAUAUGCCAGUGUCCAGUUCAAGAAGGCAGGAGCUGCAAAGGGUUCCUCUGUUCAGCCAGACGGGGAGCCCUCUCCCAUCUACAGCAGUGUGCAGCCAAGAGUGGAUACUUCUGUGGUCUAUACGGUGGUGUUCAGCCCAGAGGCAUCUAGCAGUGAAGGUGCACCACUUCCUCUGUGA